AGUUCCUGACCAAACUCUACUGUCGUAAUUGUCAACGCGAAUCGAAUUACGGCACCUGCAUUUCCACGUGCUGUCAGUGGAAAUAGCUGCUACCAAAACACAUUUGUGUGUAGAAGUUUUGCACCAGUUAACUUCCCUUACAGUGUGGAAAUAUGGAAUCCUUGAUUAUUCCAACAAAGGGUGACUCUGAUAAUCCAUUGGACUCACCCAGUGAAAUGAACGAAAGAGGAAAGAAGCGAAAGAUAUCUCUCACAAGUUGUGGUAUGUGUGAUACAGAGGAGGCGAGGUACAAGUGUCCUGGCUGCAUGACGCACUCCUGUAGUUUGGUAUGUGUAAAGAAGCACAAAGUGGAGACAGGAUGCAGUGGUGUUCGAGAUAAAACCGCUUUUGUGACCCUCUCAGAGUUUGAUGAGAUCAACCUCCUUAAUGACUACAGGUUCCUGGAGGAGACUGGGCGAUUGGCAGACAGUGCCACCAGGGAUGUCCUUACUCAGCUGCCUCAACACACUCAGAGGGUCCAGAAGCUGGCAAAGGAGGCCCGCAUGUCCAAAAUCACCCUGAAGAACCUCCCCAGAUCAUUCACCAAAAGUAAAGAGAACUCUACCUUCUACCACAGAAGAGAGAGGCGUUUCUAUUGGCACCUGAAGCUCCUCUUCCCCCACAGCAGUGCCGAGUACACUAUGAGGAGAGUCCCAGAUGACCAAACCUUGGAGGAGAUCCUCAAGUCUUACGUUCACCCUACAGAGUCUGAUCCAGUUAGACGGCAGAAGUUAAAGAUCUACGCUCACACCCCAGAGGACCAGCUGAGAGUCUUCAUGAAGGCGGAGGAGAACAGACCUAACUCGCUAAGGUAUCAUGAGCUAGACCUGAAGAAAAGCUUAAAAGACAACCUGGUGCACAAAACCAUCAUUGAGUAUCCUGCUCUGCACGUGACUGUGAAGGACCACUGCCAAGACUACCUCACCCAGAGACAAGGAGAAAUAUGGGCCCCUGGCCGCAGCAGCAGCACCUCAUCAGGAAGAGCCCCGUCAGGAGCCUCCGCUGGGCCUGAAGCUGGUCCAGCGCCAGGGCUUCCUCAGGGGGACCCCCGCCAGAGCGGUGCCGCUGGUCCGGCCAAACCCCUGGACAAGAGGGUGAAGAGAACCUCCUCGCUCGGGGAAGAGGACCUGGAGGAGGGCGAGAUCAUGAGUGAUGGCGAGGAGGAGGAGGGGGAUGAAGAUUGUGAUGACAAAGGCAACGCUGCUGAUGGGGCUGGCAGGGAGAUUCCUGGUCCAAAUCAUGAUGAGCAAGAUGAUGAUGAUGAUGAGGAAAGUGAGGAAGAUGUUUGUCAAACUGAUGAGCAUCAUGGUGAAGAGAUGACGACUGGUAAUGCUGUGAAGAGUGAUGAGGCUAGAGUGGAAGGCAGUCAGAGUGAAAAGACUUCUACAGUGGACAGUUGUGCUGGAGAUGAGAGUUGAGUUGAUAUCUGCCAGGGCUGAAGGAGAGGAUUGUGACCAACUUCAAUUGCAGCUUCAUCACCAUGACCGAGAGCAAAACAGCUUCAUCAUGAAGUUUGCUGUGAUGAAGAUUUGGAUUGUAGAUCUUUAUUACAGGCAGGGUGUAUAUGAAUGUUCAGUUGAUGAGGGCAAACAGAGCUGCCUCAGCGAUAGGAUCACAGUUGACCGUGGGAAUGGGCUUGACUUCUUUUUCAGGUCAUAAAACACUGACACUGACUGACAGUUGACGUUCCUCUGACGUCAAUACAGUAAUCCAAUUCAGUAAUCCUGAGAAAGAUAUCAUAGAUUUAUCCACUGAGCAUCAGGAACAGACUGUGAGAGUUUGCCUCAUAAACAACAACAAUAGAAUUCCAAUGCUUAAUUUGUUAUAAAAAAAAACAACACACAUUAUGCUUUUAGAUUAAUUAACAGAUGUUUGUAUGUGCACAAAGUUAUAGUGACACCACUCAUUGACAAAUGUAACAUAUUUUUAAGUCUUUUUUUACGCAUUUUUGUCCAUUUCAUGUGUUUUUAUUUUGUUCCAUUGUUUGAGUCAUUCCUUUGUUGCUGAUGUGAUGGAUAAUGAUUUGCAGACUCUGCCAUUUUCAAUUAGUGAAAUCGACUGAUGAGCCUGGACCUGAACGUUCACAAUAAAAGCAUCAUUAUUGUC